CAAUAGGUUUACCUGGUUUUGCAGGGCCCAUAGGAAUGCCUGGAUUCCCAGGAGUUGAAGGGCCUGCUGGUCCUUUGGGAUUGAAGGGUGACCCUGGAGAGCCGGGUCUAACAGGAAAGAAAGGAAUUCGGGGUCCAGCUGGUUCGCCAGGAUUCCCAGGAACUCCAGGACUGCCUGGUUUACCAGGACAGGAUGGACCACCAGGACCAGCUGGAAUCCCAGGAUGUAACGGCACAAAGGGUGAUCGUGGACCAUUGGGACCCCCAGGAUUACCAGGUCUCCAAGGAUCUCCGGGUCGACCAGGCACUCCAGGUACAAAGGGAGACCCAGGAGAGGUUUAUGGUGUUUCAGUUUCAAAGGGGGAGCCAGGGUUCCCUGGACCACCAGGAAAACAGGGUGAACCAGGCAUUCCUGGAUUGCGAGGACAAACGGGCCCACCGGGUUAUCCUGGACCUGCAGGUCCCCCAGGUAUCCCUGGCCCUCCAGGACCAAAGGGGAACAUGGGAGUACAGUUUUAUGGACCAAAGGGUCAGAAGGGUGAACAAGGUGUUCAGGGACCCCCAGGUCCACCUGGUAAUACGGGGUCCCAAAUAGGAACAACAUCAAAAAUCAUCAUAGGAGCAAAGGGUCAGAAAGGAGAUCGAGGGCAUCCAGGACCUAAGGGUUUCCCCGGCAGCCCUGGUCCUUCGAUGAUUGGAAUGAAGGGGAAUAAAGGAGAGUUGGGAGAACCAGGGAAACGUGGUAAACCUGGAAAAGACGGUGAACCGGGUCUCCCAGGACGCGAUGGAAACAUCGGCUUCAAAGGGGAGAAGGGUUUGCCAGGACCCCCCGGUUUAACUGGAACACCAGGAGAUCAGGGUUCUCCUGGACUCCCAGGAGUCGGGCAGCCAGGUUUUCCAGGAGAAAAGGGUGACCGUGGAUUUCCCGGACGGCCAGGAAUAUCUGGUGCUCCAGGUCAGAAGGGUGAAGCAGGGAGUUCUGUCAGUAAACCAGGAGCCCCGGGUGUCCCUGGGCCACAAGGAUUAAAAGGCGAGCCUGGGAACAGAGGUGACCCUGGCCUUCCAGGGAGCCCGGGUUUACAAGGAGCUACAGGGCCAAAAGGUAAUCCCGGUCUCCCUGGCAUCGGAUUCCCAGGCCCAACUGGUACAAAAGGUGCACCUGGAAUUCAAGGACAGCCAGGUCUUCCUGGAACUUCAGGACAGCCAGGGAAUGAUGGCAUCCCAGGCCAACCAGGACCCCCAGGACCAAAGGGACAACCAGGUGUGGGACUGCCUGGCCCCCGGGGAUUUCCAGGUGCCCCAGGACUAGAUGGAGUUCAAGGAGGUAAAGGUGACCCAGGAAUCCCUGGAAUACCAGGACCACCAGGAAACCCCGGAUUACCUGGCCUCCCAGGUGAUACAGGCAGAACAGGUCCAAUGGGACCACAGGGCCCUCCUGGACCUCCUGGACCAGCAGGAGUUGGGCAUUCAGGUCAGCCAGGCAAACCAGGGCCACAGGGACCACCAGGCCUCCCAGGAUUCCAGGGAUUACCAGGCGUGAAGGGUGACCCUGGUUUUCCAGGUCUGGACAUCCCAGGGCCACAGGGUACAAAGGGGAAUCAAGGAUCUAAAGGUCUUUCUGGACCACCAGGUCUUCCAGGGCAAAUUGGGUUCCCAGGAAAAGAUGGUCCUCCAGGACUUCAAGGUCCCAAAGGAGAAAUGGGGGUCAUGGGUACGCCUGGAAGCCAAGGUUUAUCUGGAUCUCCAGGGAAUGUGGGAUUUCCUGGUCUGAAAGGUGACAAAGGUUUGCCUGGUUUUCCGGGCCCCACUGGGAUGGACGGUGAGAAGGGGACCAAAGGAGAAGUUGGUCUUGUGGGAAAGCCUGGAGUCAUAGACAAAAAUGAGAUGGAAAAAAUGAAAGGACAGAAAGGAGAUGCGGGAGAUCCAGGUAGGUCAGGCUUUCCAGGAGUAAAGGGCUAUCAAGGCAUCCCGGGUGACCCAGGGAUGCCAGGAAAAGAUGGACAACCCGGAUUACCAGGACAGCCAGGUCCAGCGGGAGAUCCAGGAAGACCGGGAGAACCAGGAAUCACGGGUACUCCGGGACAGAAAGGAACAAUUGGGGAAAUGGGCCUGCCAGGUCCCCUUGGGCCCCCCGGUGCCCCAGGUGAGCCAGGACAGACAGGGAUGCCUGGUUAUACAGGGCGGCCUGGUGACAAAGGUGAAAAGGGCAGCCCAGGAGUACCAGGAAUUGGAGUUCCAGGUGAUCCAGGACCAAAGGGAGAUCCUGGUCUAUCGGGCUUCCCAGGUGACCCUGGCCUGAAGGGUGAGUCCGGUUUUCCGGGUUUGCCGGGAACACUGGGUCCGCCAGGACCGAAGGGAGAUUUAGGUUCUCCAGGAAUCCCAGGUAACCCAGGGCUCCCAGGAAGAAAAGGCAACAUUGGCCUCCCAGGUGAACCAGGUUUCUCAGGCAUUCCAGGAGAGCCAGGUCCCCCUGGUCCUUCAGGAAUCCCAGGACUGCAAGGAGAGAAAGGCUUAAGGGGUCUUGAUGGAAUCCCAGGAGCAAUUGGUGAAAAGGGAAAUCAAGGUAUCCCAGGAAGAGAUAUGCCAGGGUCUCCGGGUCCACCAGGACCUAAAGGUUUGAAGGGUGACUCUGGUUUACCGGGAUUCCCAGGCUCACCUGGAGUUCCAGGUAUUAAAGGAGACCAAGGAUUCCCAGGCCCUAAAGGCCAUCAGGGCAUUCAAGGUCCACCAGGACCCCCGAACGUGGCUCUGGAGGGGCCAAAAGGUGAAAAAGGAAAUGUGGGUGAAGUUGGCCAUCCAGGGGCCCCGGGAAUUCCAGGAGGUCCUGGAGCUCCAGGAUUGGAUGGAACCAAAGGUGACAAAGGAGAUAAAGGUACCCCAGGACCCCAGGGCUUUCCAGGACCAAAGGGAGAGCAGGGAAUCCAGGGGUCUCCUGGAGUUGCUGGUUACCCAGGUGUUCCAGGACUGAAGGGUGAAUCAGGAUCUCAUGGAGUUCCAGGCUUUGUUGGAAUCAAAGGUGUUUCAGGACUGCCCGGAUAUCCAGGGCCACAGGGUGAUCGAGGACAACCUGGGCCACCAGGUCUACCCGGUCCUGUUGGUCCACAAGGCCCUCUGCAGGUUGUGAAGGGAGAUCCUGGAUUUCCUGGUCGCCCAGGAGAAGACGGACCAAAGGGAUACCCUGGGUUUCCAGGCAUUAAAGGAGACAAGGGUCCAGUAGGUCUAAUCGGUGCUCCUGGUGAACCAGGGUCUCCCGGAUUUGAGGGGAGGCCUGGACUGAAAGGAGAAAUUGGCCCAUCUGGUCCAGCAGGUCCAAGGGGUUAUCCAGGACCUGCAGGCCCAGAAGGAACUCCUGGUCCUCGGGGAUAUCCUGGGCCUCCUUCGAUAGCUCACGGCUUCCUUGUGACCCGACACAGUCAAACAGCAGAGGCUCCCAGUUGUCCUCAAGGGAUGUCGAAAAUCUAUGAUGGCUUCUCGCUGCUUUAUGUCCAGGGCAAUGAAAGGGCUCACGGUCAAGACUUGGGCACAGCGGGCAGUUGUUUGCGUAGAUUCAGCACGAUGCCAUUCCUUUUCUGUAACAUCAACAACGUCUGCAAUUUCGCAUCAAGAAAUGACUAUUCCUAUUGGCUGGCCACGCCAGAACCAAUGCCAAUGAGUAUGGCUCCUGUGGUUGGUCAAUCCAUUGAGCCAUUUAUCAGCAGAUGCUCUGUUUGUGAAGCUCCGGCAAUGGUGAUUGCUGUCCACAGCCAAACAAUUCAAAUCCCACUCUGCCCCAAUGGUUGGAUUUCCCUCUGGAUCGGUUACUCCUUCAUGAUGCACACCAGUUCCGGAGCUGAGGGGACAGGACAGGCUUUAUCAUCACCUGGUUCAUGCCUGGAGUCAUUCCGUUCUGCUCCCUUCAUCGAGUGUCACGGGCGAGGGACCUGCAAUUAUUAUGCAAACUCUUACAGCUUCUGGCUCGCAACUGUUGAGAGCACCGAGAUGUUCAGCAAACCGGAAUCGGAGACGCUCAAGGCGGGAGAGCUGCGCACUCGCAUUAGUCGCUGCCAAGUCUGCAUGAAGAAGACGUAAUACAAUCUGAGACUGCCAAGUUGGUCAGCUGUCUCGCAAUCCUCUAAUGAACUAUGGUGCUAUUUCUAUAAUAAAGCAAUAUGACAAUAUCCUGUGUACCUCACUCAUCUAUUGUGACAAAUGAAAGAAAAAAUACAUAGCAAUAGGAAUGGAGAUACAAAAGAAAAUGCUUUUCCUGCAAUACCCAGGUGCCCUACUGCUCUAAGAAAAACCAUAUAAGCUUUCUACUAUUGACAUACUAAAUGGCACUUUGUUUAUUAAAGCAAUGCACUGAAUAUUAACAGAAAUAAAAAUACUUACAGUACAAUGAAAAGAUGGGAGAGAGUUAAGAGGCUGCAAACAGCAUUGAAGCGUUUGCAAAUGAUGACAGCAGUGUAUGAGCGAGGCUAAGACUUUACAAAGCAACUCUCUUGGCCCAAAGUCCCACUGAGAGGUGUGUGUGCUUAAUGUGCAGUGCAUUGAUUAAAAUGACUGCCCAGACAACCAGGCUGGAUGAGUGGGAGCGGUGAAGGUGGGAGAGGGAGAAUGACACGUCCUCAGAUUCCGAUCUGUGCUCCUGUCCCACAGCUCAGCAGGUGUCCCAGGCAUUCUCCUGGGAUGUGGACGUUCAGUGGCAACCAACUGAGUGACUUGCCAGGCCAUUUCAGAGGGCAGUGAAAGAAGGAAUCUGGCAUCACAUGAAUGCCACACCAGGUAAGGAUGGCAUGUUUCCACCUCUGAAGAACAUUAGUGAACCAGACGAAUUUUGCAACCAUCCAGCCAUUUCAUAGCUAUUCAUUAGGCUGCCAAUUUAUUCCAAAUUUAUCAAUUCAUUGAAUUUUUGAAUACCACCCUCCAUGGGGUUUGAACUCAUUUCUCUGGAUCAUUGUUAGAGGCCUCUGGAUUAUUAGUCCAGUAACAUAACCUGCACGCCACCAUUCCUCAGUAAGUCAGAUGCUGAUUAACUCUCUCCCAUCUAUUUAAUAUAUACUAAAUAGUUUCUAUUUAAGGUUUUGUUUGUUUCCUGACUGUGGAUAUGAGAUUGAAUCAAGGAGCUGUAAAGACAACAAAAUCUUCUGUGACAUGAAGACAUUGUGGUAUUUACUGUUGCAUAAAAACAAGGGGUUUUCUGGAAGUGGCUCAGAGUUUAUAUAACAAGGGCUGAUUUUACAUGUGGGAAUCUCCAUGUCAGGGUAUCCCUGAAAGGCUCACCCAGCAAAUCAAGCUUCCCAUUAUUGCUGGCAAGACAUUGUAAAAUCAUCCCUAAUAUUUAGUAUAUAUUAUUGGGAAAUCUUCACGAAGGUGCUAUGGAAUAUACACUGUCAUUAAACUAUUCAACAGUCAUCCUCUUGUAGUCAUUAUGUCCAAUUAGUAUCAUUAGUCUCCUUCAAUCUUCAUUUGGGGUUGCUAAAUGCCAUUAAACUGCAACACUUUGUACUAUUUUUCUAAGGAAUAUGUACUAUUAUAUGCAAAGGCUCCACGAUUGCAAGUUACUUUAAACAAGUCUUCACCACCAGUCUUUUGUUUGAGCUCAAUAACCACAAGUCCUGGUAUCCUUUCAUCCUCUGUUACACAGCUGCUGAUUUCAGAUGUAACUGAGCAUUCCUGGUAAAUCACCUUCCUUGGAAUGUAGGAUUAAAGAGCAGGAAUGGGGAAUCUCACGUGCUUAGCUAGAUCUUUAACGUGUGUGUGUGUAUAGAUCGGUUUGGGUGUCUGAAUGUGGGGUGUGUGCGAGUUGGAGGGACCUCAAGGUAGUCUGGAUUCUACAACUCACAUUUAACCAGGGCAGAACUAGGACAGCCUCAAGGUUUCAGCUAUGAAAAUGUUGUUGGCUACAUCAAUCACUCUGAAAGGUACCUAGAACCAUUGAUUCUUUUACUAAUAGAUUACUAUCAGACUAAUAAUCAUACCUGAAUGUUUCUUGUGUGUGUGUGUGUGUGUGUGUGUGUCUAAAACUGUGGGUAAUGGAACACGCAAUUUUCCAAUUGUACAAAACUUAAAGCCAUUUGAGAAAUCAAAGCUACUGUUCUUCUGAAUUCUAUAGUGAUCUUUCAAUCAGCUUAGACUCACUAAACGAAACUAGAAAUAAUGUUUGAAUGGUCAACUAUUCCUGCUUUUCAGCUGCUGUUCAUUGCUUUUGUCAACAUACAGUCCAGAAAUUUCUGCCUCCUUGCAUUACUUAGCACAUACAUUGCAAAUGGUUUGAACUAAUAUCCAGCUGAGCUCUCCUCAGUAUGAAAGCACUGGAGAUGGGGCAGGGAAGAGGAGACACAGAAAGCAAUGAAGACUGUUAUCUGAGAAGUGGUGACACAGCAUUAAGGGGUGAUUUUUAGUGUUUUAUGUUCCAAAUGAAGAGCAUCACCCAUUGAAGUCCAAAUCGAAUGUUCCCAAUUCCCAUCCCACUAUUCUCCAUCCAAUUGAAACAGGAAUUGUCAAAUUGCGACAUAACAAUUUGCAUUUAUAUACACAUCUAACAUAGUAAAACAUCCCAAGGCGCUUUCAAGGGGCAAUUAUCAAACAAAGUUUGACACCGAGCCACAGAAAGGAAACAACAGGACAGGUGACCGAAAGCUUAGUCAAAGAGAUAGGUUUCAAGGAGCAUUUUAAAGGAGAGGAGAGAGAUAGAGAGUAUUAGGGAGGGAACUCCAUAGCUCAGGACCCAACCAGGAGAAAGUCAAUGCCAUGAGUUUUUGAUUAGAGAAUCUUGUUAUCAAUGUUCCCUGUCUCAUUGAUGCUCUGUCUCCCCUGAUUGGAAUCAGUCCAUUAUUAUCAGGGUUUUGUAAAUUUUAUCUUGUACACUUGAAUAACUUGAUUCAUUGCUUACCUAAGAGGCCUUUAUUCUUCGGUUUUGUAUUUUUUAUACGGAUUGUAUUAAAGUUUAGUAAAAUGGUUCAGUAAUGGAAUAUGGAUCAUCUGGCUGUUACAUACUGAACUUGCUUGAUGCAGAAACAUGUCGGUACUCAAAACAGUCCAUGUACGACACACAUCUCUGGAAGUUCAGCGUUUACAUGGAAGAUUGACACUCUUUGUUUUGUGAUGCAGUUAACUAAACCAAUUCUAUUUCUCCAGACCUAUUUGUACAUUAUAAGACAUGAAGAUUAAAAUUAAUAAUUUUGUGUUUUAAAA